AUGGUUAAAUUUCACCAAGUGAAACAUAUUUUUGAUAUACUAGAUAAAAUGCGAUGCCUGCGAAAACGUUCUACUGUCUCAUUCUUGGGAGUUCUUGUCAUUUUCCUUCUGUUUAUGAACUUGUACAUUGAAGAUAGCUAUGUUAUGGAAGGAGACAAACAGAUUUUAAGGGAAACAUCUACACAUCAGCUGAGUUCAGAACACUACAUGCAUACUUUCAAAGAUUUGUCCAAUUUCUCAGGAGCCCUCAAUGUCACCUAUCGCUACUUAGCUGUCAUGCCUUUACAAAGAAAGCGAUUUCUUACAAUUGGACUUUCAUCAGUGAGACGAAAAAAAGGAAGCUAUUUACUUGAGACAAUCAAGUCAAUUUUUGAGCAAUCCAGCUAUGAAGAAUUAAAGGAAAUUUCAGUGGUGGUUCAUCUAGCUGACUUUAACUCAUCCUGGCGUGAGGUCAUGCUGCAAGAUAUUACACAGAAAUUUGCCCACCAUAUUAUUGCUGGAAGGUUAAUGGUUAUACAUGCUCCAGAGGAAUAUUACCCAAUCCUGAGUGGCCUUAAAAGAAAUUACAAUGAUCCAGAAGAUAGAGUCAGAUUUCGUUCCAAGCAAAAUGUAGAUUAUGCUUUUUUGCUCAACUUUUGUGCCAAUAUUUCAUACUAUUAUGUAAUGCUUGAAGAUGAUGUUCGUUGUUCAAAAAAUUUCUUAACUGCCAUCAAGAAAGUCAUUGCAUCCUUAGAAGGAACUUACUGGGUAACCCUUGAGUUCUCUAAGCUUGGCUAUAUUGGAAAACUUUAUCAUUCUCAUGAUCUCCCACGUUUGGCACAUUUUUUAUUAAUGUUUUAUCAAGAAAUGCCUUGUGAUUGGCUAUUGACUCAUUUCCGGAGUCUGUUAGCUCAGAAAAAUGUGAUUCGUUUUAAACCAUCUCUCUUUCAGCACAUGGGUUAUUAUUCAUCAUAUAAAGGAACUGAAAAUAAGUUGAAGGAUGAUGAUUUUGAAGAGGAGCCAUUUGACCUCCCAGAUAACCCUCCUGCAAGUCUGUAUACCAACAUGAGUGUUUUUGAAAAUUAUGAUGCGAGCAAAGCUUACAGUAGUGUUGAUGACUACUUCUGGGGGAAACCACCUUCAACAGGAGAUGUCUUUGUGAUUAUAUUUGAAAAACCAAUUGUAAUCAAAAGAAUUAAAGUGAAUACUGGAACAGAAGAUCGACAAAAUGAUAUUUUGCAUCAUGGAGCUCUAGAUGUUGGGGGGAAUAUUCGAUAUUUUAAACAAAAUAGACAAUGUGUUACUUAUAUUAAACUAGGAGAAUUCAGAAAUGGAAAUUUUGAAGUAUCUGAUGUAAAUCAAAAAAUUCCAUUUGAUAUACAUUGUAUGAGGAUAUAUGUUACCAAAACACAAAAGGAAUGGCUGAUUAUUAGGAGUAUUAGCAUUUGGACUUCUUAG